GGCGGGCGGGCCGGGCCGGCGGGAGUUGCUGGCGACGGUGGCGAUGCAGGAAGAGCAGCUGCGCGAGUACCGGGCGCGCCUGCGGGACCUCGUGCGCGCCCACAAGGGGCUGCUGGCGGAGCGGGCGGCGCUGGAGGCCGGCCUGGGCGCGCUGGCGGCGGGAGCGGCGGCGGGGGCUCCCGCGGAGGGGCCCGCGGCGGCGGCGGCGGCGGCGGCAGAGGGGUCCGCGGAGGCGCGGCUGGGCGCGGCGCUGGCCACGCUGGCGCGGGAGAAGGCGCGGCUGGAGGCGAGCUGGCAGGCGGAGCGGCGCGGGGCGCGGGCCGAGCGGGAGCGGCUGGAGGGCGAGGCGCGGGAGGCGCGGGCGCGGCUGGCGGCGCAGCAGCGAGACCGGGCGCAGGAGCAGGCCGACCAUGCCGACAUGCUGCGCGAGCUCCAGCGGCUGCUGCAGGACGAGCGGGCUCGGCGGCGCGAGGCGGAGCAGGGCCCGGCGGAGGAGGCGGCGGAGGAGGAGGCGCGCCGGGCGGAGCCCCGGGAGCUGCGGGCCGAGCUGGAGCGCCUGCGGAGCUACUUCCAGGCGCAGCUGCUGCAGGAGGCCGGCAAGGCCGCCCAAGCCGACGAGCAGCUCCGGAUGGGAGAGCAGCGUGUGGCCGCCCUGGAGGCCCGGGUCUCUGAGAUGUCGGGGCUGCUCGGAGCCUACGAGAAGGCCAGGCAGAAGGACCAGGCCACCAUCCAGAAGCUGAAGGACCGCAUCGCCCAGCUGGACCUUGAGAACAAGACCCUGGCCCUCGCCGCCUCUGGCCAUGCCGCCGGGGGCCUUGCCCUGGAGGACGGCCACCUGGACGCCAACGUGCUGACAGACAAGGUGGAGAAGUUGGCGGAGCUGGCGCGAGUGGCUGCUGAGCACGCCCCGUCUCUCGUGGGGGACGUUGGGGGUCUCUGCCCGGCUGAGCCCCCGAAGGAAAUGGAGUCUGGGGAUGGUGAGAAGGCCACUGUGGCCUAUUAUCAACAGGAGCUCAAGCAGCUGAAGGAGGAGUUUGAGAGGUACAAGGUGAGGGCGCAGGUGGUCCUGAAAAACAAAUCAGCCAAGGACGGGAACCUGGCCAAGGAGCUGGAGGAGAGUCAGGAGCAGCUGUCGGAGCUGAAGAAGAAGUACGUUUCCCUUCGGCUGUCCCGCGAAGUGGAGGCCAAGCAGCACCAAGAGCAGGUGGAGGCCAAGAGGCGAGAAGCGGCUCUCCUCCAGCAGCUCCACCGCCAGGAGCUGGAGCGCUGCCUGUCGGACGGCCGGGAGAAGUCCCUCCGGCUGGAGGAGGAGAUGCACAAGCAGCGCGACCGGGCCCUGGCCAUCCUGGCAGAAAAGGACCAGGAGCUGCAGCAGCUGAGGGUCCUGGCUAUGCCCUUUGGGCUGCAGGCACCCAAAGCAACUACGGGGCCAGGUGUCAGCAGUGGUGGCAGCGGCAGUGCUCAGAGCAGUGGUGGGGUGGGUGAUGAUGCUUUGGAGCCUCUGGCCCUGCCUCUCCCUGCCCCCAACGAGCCCACCUUCCUGCUGUACACGGAGCAGCUGGCUCGGAAGGAGGUGGAGCUCCUGGCCCUGAGAAAGCAGAAGCACCAGCUGGAGAUGGAGGCUCACCAGUUCCAGGAGAAGCUGCUGGAAGAAGGAGAGAAGCACCGGGAGGAGGUGUCUCUGCUCCAGGGCCGCAUUCAGAAGACCUUCAGGGACCAGAGCAGGGAGGGAGCCAACCUGGAGUACCUCAAGAACAUUUUCUACAAGUUCCUGACUUUGACAGAUUCGCUGGGACGCCAGCAAACCCUGACAGCCAUAUUGACUAUUUUGCAUUUUAGCCCAGAGGAGAGACAGGCUGUCCUGAGCCACAUGGAUGGAAGCAGCAGCUGGUGGCCUUCGGGGAAAAGAUGAAAAAACCCCCCCUCUGCUUGCUCUGGGUGGGCGGGGGUUGCUGGGUUCAAAACGAGGCUGGCUUCCCAUCCUGGCCUCAAAGCAAACCAGAAGCCAUUCCUCGCCAUUGGGCGGGGAGGCCACGGGACCAGCCAGGGCUCCCAGUUGAAACUCCAGCUUGAGCGAUUUACCUCCCUGGGGUUGCAGGGAUUCAAUUUGGGAUCUUUGUUCUUUUUAAAGCGCUCCAUGCAGGAGUCUGGCCAGUGUUUGUUCCAACACUUGUGCCAAAUGUGGACUGGGGAAACCUCUGGACUCUGGAACCUGCAGUUGAGCUUGAGGCCAGUCAAUAAAGCGUCAGCAGUGGAAGCC